AUGGUCAAGUCCCACUCCAAAUCACACCACGGGUGUCGGCGAUGUAGACAACGAAAAGUCAAGGUGCUUAUGCGACACUUUUCGAUGGCUCAACUUGGACAGCUGCUGAUGCUUGUCUACAGUGCGACGAGACCCUUCCGUGUUGCAAGCGGUGCUCUCGACGUCGCAGCAAGCGCCAUGGCCCCAUUAAUCCGUGUCCCGACGUGGGAGCCGUGGACUUGCACAAUUGAGCCGGCCAAAUCGCACCUUUUGGACCUUGAUCUUGUUCAUUCCUUUGUCGCAACGACUCAUAGCACACUUUGGUCUCGGUCCGAGGGGCAGCUCCUCUGGAGAGAUUCAAUUUUCCGCGAAGCGCUUCAGCAACCUUUCUUGAUGAACGGCAUACUUGCCAUAAGUGCCAUGCACAGGCUGUUCAUGGGCCCAAGAACACCGUCUCCGACAGCAACCACAUUGGCAAAGCAGGGCGCACUGCUGAGAGGCUUAUUGGCGCUCCUAUCAUCUGAGAACGACGAGAGCUGCCUAGCCGCCUUUCCGCUUGCAAUAAUCGUGUCCUUGUGGGCUUUUGCAUCGAAGAACCUUCCACCCGAGUUCAAUAUCAUCUCUGCAAAUACGAACCCACAGUCGACACAAACAACACAUCAAGGCGGCUUCGUAUCCACAUCAUAUUUGGAUCAGUUUCUUGAUCUUAUAAAGCUGAUUCAACCAGUGGACGCUAUAGUGCAAAAACGACUUCCCCGGCUGUUGAAUGGCAUGUACUCUGAACUGAUGCGUGUACCAGACCCAGGACAGCUUCCAGAAUUGUCCAAAGACACCUCCAACGCCCUUGAACGACUCAAGUCCCACCUCCAGCAACAUGAAGAAGAAUUGGCGAAUAUGGUCGAUUCUACAUCGUAUGCGAGCCUGUCAAAUAUGUUUCGAUUGGCAAGUUGCCCAGAGUGGUCGGAGCUGAUUGUUGGAUGGGCGAUUCAACUGCCAGCACCUUUUGUGACUCGCCUCAGGAAUCGAGAUCAUGCCGCAUUGGUGUUACUCAGCUACUGGGCAGUCUGCUUCAGCGUCUUGGAUGGACGGUGGUGGGCUGCCGGAUGGUCAAAGGCUUUGCAGAGUGAGAUCAACUGUGUUGUGAAAGAUGAGUGGUCUCAUCUGCUUGAUUGGCCAAACUCCUGUUUUGAGAUUCAAAGGUGGCCAAGUUCUCCAGAUAUUCAAAGUAAAACACCGCCUGCUGGGUAG